GGCAAAACGAUGCUGCACUUGGCGGCCGAGAAGGGGCAUCUAGACAUUGCACGGUUGUUCGUUGAGAGAGGCGCUGACCUGGAGGCCACUGAUGAGAAGAAGUCUACGCCGUUGCAUCUGACUUCUUCGUCUGGGCAUCUUGAUCUUGUCGAGUUCCUCGUGGGGAUGAAUGCGAAUAUGCAGGCCGAGGACGACCUAGAGCGCACGCCACUACGCAGGGCAGCGCGAGCCAAGAAGUCGGAUGUGAUUAGGCUUCUUGUUGGAGCGGGAGCA